AAAAUAAUCUCUGUAAUACUGUGUUAAGGCCUCAAACACGAUUAGGUUAUAAACCACAAACCGUCGGAGACUUCGAUAUGCUAUAUAAGUUAACACAGGAAAAAUUUAAAUAUAUUUGGAAAAAGCAGCAUCAUUCAUUUAAUUAGGAUUUGCCCUUCUGGUAGGCAGCACUACUAUCGCAGCAAUCGUUAAAGAAUUAUGCCUGGUUGUCCAACAGAAAAUUUAUUUAAAUCAGUUGCUGACUAUUGGAAAUUAUGGGACUUCUCCAUUUGAAUCGAAGUUAUUGAUGAAAAACACAGUAGGAUUAAAUGACUAGCAACUCUGGCUCCAUGUAUUGCAAUUACAAAAAUGUUUUCGAUAAUAUGUAUUACAAGCCAUAGCUGAUGCCAAUAGCAAAUACAAGAGGGCGGAUAAUGAAAGCAAAGUGAUUGCGGUACAGCUCUUCUCACAUAUAUUAGCUUUUGAAACAAAACGAUGAGACAAAGCUGGAUCAAUAUAAACUUGCCGUUAAUUUUUCUUGGUGAUGAAGCAUACCCGGUGUCAAAAUGCUUAUUCAAAAGAGCAACUUUUAAGAGCAAGGAAAUGCAUUGAACGUGCAUUUGGAAUUAUAAAUGGCAAAUUUCAGACACUAUGGAAACCGUUUGACACAGAAACGGGACUGGCGGAAAUAUAUGUUAAAAGUCGUGGUGUUCAUCACAAAAUUGAUAUAUGUAAUGCUAAUAAUAUCUAAAUUUGUUUGCCAAAAUAAAGUAGAAUAAAUUGUAUUAAUAUUUACUCUGAAAAUGCAUUUCACUUGCUACAGAUUUCCAUAUAUCUUCGACCAAUGCGCUAUUGUGAUAACUAGUAUUAAUUUUUAUCCCAUAGAACAGGGCAGGAAAAAUAAUUGUACUCAAAAUUUUUUAAAUAUAAAAUACACCGUUUCAACGUGAGUCGGCACCGAACAACACUUAUGAAGCCUAUUCGCAUUCAUCAGCUUUUAACUGGGCUCGGCUUUCAGCGUCCACUUUGCACGUAGCUUUAGCAAAUAUAAAAAUAAGUUAUAGUUUAUUAGUCAAUUUCCAAAGCUAAAUAAAAACUAGAGUUACUGGUGAACUUGAAGUUAACAAAUUACUCACGCACAAUGCUGUGUUUGUGGGCAACGUAUAGAUAUCCAGUUUAUUGCUUAUUUCGCAAUGGCUGUUGGUGCCGUAUUACGUAUUUAAUGAGAAUGACUUUUGUGAAUUAGCGUACCUUUUGCAUAUAUCACAGCCAUUGGAAAUAAUUUUCUGUGUGUGUUUGUUGUUGUGCCGUUGCCCCAAGAGGAAAAUCCGUGCACCGUACAAGAGUUUUGCAAGAGCAAGAGAAUCCCCUUAAUGUUGAACGAGUGCUCUACACCAGGGAAAUCAUUCGUUGAAAAGAGUUUGGCUAUGUUGGAAAGAGGCGAAAUGAGCACCGAGGGCAUUGAAGGCAGUGGACGUACUAAAGAGGCGAAAGUUCUAUGCAAAGUGGAUGCCGCCUAAGAAACUUCCGAAGGAUGUUAAUCCCUGUGGUGUAUUUGCCAACAAUGAACUGGAUUUGGAGGAAGUUGAUGUGUAUGGUUUCGACUAUGACUACACGCUCGCGUGCUAUAAACCUUGCUUACACGAUUUGCUAUACAAUUUGGGCCGCGACAGAUUAAUUAAAAAAUUUAAGUAUCCCGAAAAUAUUUCUAAAUUGGAGUACAUUCCACGGUUUGCAGUACGUGGCCUUCAUUAUGAUAUAGAAAAAGGUUUGCUUUUAAAGCUAGACUCGUUUCUUCAAAUACAGUUGGAGUCUGUUUAUCGAGGACUCACAAAAAUCCCUGAUUCAGAAGUACUAAAGCUUUAUAAAAAUCGAAUUUUACCCAUCGCAUAUGUUGAGGGCCAAUCAAAAAACCACCAGCCAAAUGCGAAGGCGAAAAUGGUUCAGCUAGCUGACUUGUUCUCUGUUCCCGAAAUGUGCCUUUUAUGCAAUGUAGCCGAGUAUUUUGAAAGAAAUCAUAUCGACUAUAAUCCCGAAAUUCUAUUUCAUGACAUAAAAUCAUCAGUGCAAUCUUGUCAUCCGAUUAUGCACGAAAUCGUUAUGAAAAAUGUAGGAGAUUAUAUUGAGACAAAUUCUCGGUUACCUGAAUAUUUUAAAAAGUUGGCAAAUGCGGGCAAAAAACUAUUUCUUGUAACAAAUAGUCCAUUUUCUUUUGUAAAUUGUGGGAUGGCUUUAUUGGCCGGUGACAAGUGGCGUGAACGUUUUGACGUUAUAAUAGUUCAAGCACGAAAACCUAAAUUUUUCACAGAUGAUUCACGUCCCAUCCGAUUAUAUGAUGAAACAACCAAUUCACAUGUUUGGGAUCGGGUUUCAAAAUUGGAAAAGGGAAAAAUAUAUUAUGAGGGAACCGUAAAACAACUGCAAGAUUUAACAGGGUGGCGUGGUCAUAAUGUACUAUAUUUUGGUGAUCAUCCCUAUAGUGAUUUAGCUGAUGUAACAUUAGAGCAUGGUUGGAGAACUGGUGCCAUUAUAAAUGAACUCACGCACGAGAUCGAAACUCUUAACAAUGUUAAUUUCAAAAGAAAUGCAAAUUGGCUACAGAUGCUAACACAACUUAUAGAAGAAAUUCAGGAUUAUGAAUGCGAACCUGCUCAAAUUUGUUUAGAAAAAUGGCAAUCGGAACGGGAUAUGCUUAGGAACCAAACCAAAAUGGUUUUCAACAAGCAGUUUGGCAGUGUUUUUCGAACAUAUCACAAUCCAACGUAUUUUUCACGACGUCUUUUUCGUUUUGCUGAUAUUUACACUAGUGAUAUAACAAACUUAGCAAAUUAUUCUGUUUCUCAUACUUUUUAUCCUCGGCGAGGUGUCAUGCCACAUGAAUACAUUUCGUAUUUUAUGUAACUGUUGUCGUUCGUUUAUAAACGGAGUUUAAAUAUUGCUAAUUAAAAUAUUUACAUGUAUAUAUAUUUUUUCCAUUGGUAGUGUUUUUUACGUGGCGGGUCCCAAAUCCUAAACCCAGCUCAGAACCCUGUGGAGGGGAUGUUUCGCCUUCUCACUUUAGCUCGCCAUCAAACGGAUGGUUUCUGGCUGCCCAGAGGAUACUUGGUUCAAGACCGGAAGUCGUGAGCUGCUUGAGCCAUAUGUAAAGAAAUAUAAUAUAAGGGCAUGCGCCUGGAAUGUCCGGUCCCUUAAUUGGGAAGGUGCGGCUGCCCAGCUGGAUGAUGUCCUCGUUAGAGUGAAGGCUGACAGUACCGAUGUUCAAGAAAUGCGAUGGAAGGGACAAGGACUGAGGCGAGUAGGUCCUUGUGGUAUUUACUACCGUGGCCAUAUAAAGGAAGGCAAAUUCGGUAUGGGAUUCGUAGUGGGGAUUCACCCCGAUGAAUGAACAUCUAGCCACAAUCCGCAUCCAAGCGUAGUUCUUCAACAUAUCUAUACCAACCAGAUCGAUCAUGUUGUGAUAGACAGAAGACACGUCUCCAGUGUCUUGGACGUGCGUGCGCUCCGAGGUCUUAACAUCGACUCGAACCACCAUCUUGUUGGAGCCAAGAUACGCACACGCCUCUAUGCAGCAAAAAACGCACGUCAAAUACAAGAAAUAUUCGACGUCGAAAAGCUACAAUCACAACAGACAGCCGAACGAUUUUCUACUCGGCUUGCACUCCUGCUCUCUGAGAGCACUCGUCAACAACUCGGCAUAAGGGAACUGUGGCACGGCAUUUCGAACUCCUUACGUACAGCUGCAACCGAAACCAUUGCUUUUCUAAAAAUGCAAAAGAACAGCUGGUACGACAAGGAGUGUCGUGUUGCAGCGGAGAGAAAACAGACUGCCUACCUCGCAAUGUUAGGAUCGACGACAACACGUGCUGGAUGGGAUGGAUACCGAGAGUUGAAGAGGGAAGCAAGACACAUUUCCAGACACAAAAAAGACAGGCCGAAAUGCGUGAGUAUGAGUAUGAACUUGACAAGCCGGCCGACAGGGAUAAUGCUCGAAAAUUCAACGAAAAAAUGCGCCAACUAACAGAAGGUUUCAAAACCGGAGCAUACUCUUAUAGAACCCCUAAAGGUGAUCUAGUGACCGAAGCCCAGAGCACACUAAAAUUAUGUAGAAAACACUUCUGUAGGCUGCUGAACGGCAGUCACAGCAUAACACCAGGAGAAGGCGAACCCGACUCCCCAAUCGAUGACGUUGGAGCAGACGUUCCAUUGCCCAACCAUGAAAAAGUUCGAAUAGCAAUUACACGUCUGAGGAACAACAAAGCGUUGGGGGCCGACGCCUUGCCGGCCGAGCUAUUCAUACACGCCGGCGAAGAACUGAUAAGGAGCAUGCAUCAACUUCUUUGUAAAAUGUGGUCGGACGAAAACAUGCCCAACGAUUGGAAUUUAAGUGUGCUAUGCCCAAUCCACAAAAAGGGAGACCCCACAAGUUGUGCCAACUAUCGUGUGAUAAGCCUUCUCAAAAUCGCAUAAUACAGCUGUGUAAACUGAGCCGUUCGAUACCAAACAAGGUUUCAGACAAUGCGACUCCCUACCGUGCGGCUUCUUCAAUCUGCUGCUGGAGAAAAUAAUUCCAGCUGCAAAACUUUAUCGAGCAGGCACAACCUUCUAUGAGUGUUGCUGACGUAUUCUGAUGAUAUCGACACCAUAGGCCUCAACAUCCGGGCCGUGAAUUCUGCUUUCUCCAGGUUAAAUAAGGAAGCAAAGCAAAUGGGUCUGGUAGUAAACGAGGGCAAUAUUACAUAUCUCCUGUCAUCAAACAAACAGUCGUCGCACUCGCGACUUGGCUCUCACGUCUCUGUUGACAGUCAUAACUUUGAAGUUGUAGAUAAUUUCGUCUAUUUAGGAACCAGCAUUAACACCGCCAACAAUGUCAGCCUGGAAAUCCAACGCAGGAUCCCUCUUGCCAACAGGUGCUACUUCGGACUGAGUAGGCAAUUGAGACGUGAAGUCCUCUCUCGAAGAACAAAGACCAAACUAUAUAAGUCACUCAUUAUUCCUGUCCUGCUAUAUGGUUUAAAGGCAUAGACGAUGACAACAUCUGAUGAGUCGACGCUACGAGUUUUCGAUAGAUUCGUGCUGCGAAAGAUUUAUGGGCCUUUGCGUAUUGGCAACGGAGAGUAUCGCAUUCGAUGGAGCGAUGGAGUUAUAUGACGACAUUGACAUAGUGCAGCGAAAUAAUGGACGUCGGCUGCGCCAGCUAGGUCAUGUCGUCCGUAUGGAUGAAAAUAUGCCAGCUUUGAAAGUAUUCGACGCGAUAAACGCCGGGGAAAGCCGACGAAGACGAAGACCUCCACUCCGUUUGAGAGAACAGGUGGAGAAGGAUCUGGCUGCACUUGGUGCCUCGAAUUGCUAAAAAAAAAACGGCUGUAACCAUUUAAGCGGUUUCUACGCCAUUAAAGAAGAGAUAAACUUAUUUACACUUUAGAAAUUAUUUGUUAAAUCCCAGAACCCUUGUUUUUUAUAGACAAAUGUUAAUGCACUAACCGUUAUGUCACAUGUUGUCACUAUCACAUAGUAAACCAAUUAUUAACCAGUGGUUACUAUUAAUCGUAAUUUUUGACAAAUUUGUUCGAAUCUACUUAUUAAAAAACGACACUGGAUUUUCACAGCUGCCCAAUAACUGGCAAUUGUUAUAUUAAAUAUUAUUUUAAUGACUACCACUAAUAUUAUGUUUAGUUAUGAUAUAUAAUAUUGUAAUACUAAAUGAAUUAUUUUAAGUAUCACUACAAUGUCUCGAACACCAUAAAAUAUUUGAAAAAUGUUUCAUACCUUUUAACUUACAAAGAAAGAAUUUAAUAUUUAUAAUUUAAUUAUAGCAUAAGAAAUAAAAGCGUAGGCAACAAGUAGAGUAAAGUUAGUUACGGUUACGAGAAGCCAUGGAAGCAGAAAACGUUGAUAUUAAUGAAUACAUAUAUGUUUCAAUUGGCACUAGAGGAAAAAAUGACGAGAACACAAGUAAAGGAAAAGACUCAGUGUUCAGCAGAGGUUAUUUUUGCUGCGUUUAAAGCAUUUGGUGUGCAUGUGUCAGCAGAGUUGGAAGUGCAUGGGAACCGUAUGUUAGCACUGUUUAAAACGUGUAUGUCAGAACAGUUGCAGCCGCAGAAAAAGCGGUCGGCAGAGCUGGAAGUGUUUAUAGGAAGAGUCUUUACAGGCAAACGUGUCUACAGUCGAAUGAACUGGAAGCGUGUGUAGCAGUGCAAUGGUUCUCACAGCUGGUAGAGCAAAAUAAGGUUAAAGCUGAAGUGGAUGAAUUUUUGAAAGAAGAUCCAGUUUUGUAAGGUGUGAUGUAUGAAGUGGAGGUGAACAAAUGUACUUCGAGUGGAGAAGUAGCUGCAGGAAGCCGAGUCGCAAAAGCAUAUUGGUCAAAUAAAAUAAAAUGAUUUAGUCUGUUAGUUCUUAUUCAAUAAAUGUUUUUAAUCAUUAUCCAUUGAAAAUUAAUACUAUGAUGCUUCACAUUACAAAACGUUGCAUCAAAUACAUUCAAAUUUCUCAAAUUUAUUUAAUUUUCAUUGCCAUACAUUUUUUAAUAUUGAUCUUGAACGAUGUAACAAAUCCAUCUGUUUACAUAUUUUUUUUUGGAAAGAUUUCAUUCUGGUCAUAGCUCGUUUCCAAUUGUUAAACGUCAAAAUCUCCUGAACUUGAUUAACUGCCUAAGUUCAGGAGGUUUUGACGAUUAGCAAUUGCUCUCUGACUUCCUAUGAAAUAUGAGUUGGACAUCUCUUUAUCUGUGGAAUUACGUUGUGACCAAGGAAGGAAUGUCGAAACAGCAAUCAAGUCUUAGGUGGAGGGCAAUGUGACAAACACCAAUACCAGAGAUAAAAAGAUACCCAACUCUCCUGUCACUGGAUAUGUGAGAACCACUCACCUACCAAACUUUGAAAGUUGACUGGAUCUGGUAGGUUUUGGCGUUUGCAAUUGGAAUGACUGGAAUAGACAGAUUGAAAUUCUACCAACAAUAUAUGUAUGUAUGUGAACGCAGGGAUUUGUUGCCGCCGUUCAAGAUCGCUACUAAAAAAUGUAAAACACUGAAAAUUAAAAUCCGAAAUUUAAAUCUAUUUCAUGAAACGCUUCGUAAUGUGAUGCAUAGCAGUAUUAAUUUUCAAUUAAAAAUUUAUUUAUUAUUAUUACAAUAACGCCAAUCGGCAAUAUACAUUAAGAGAAACAAAUAAAAAAUGAAAAAUGUAGGUUGAAGGUAAAUGUGUA